AUGGGGUUGCACACUCCCGACGAACUGAACAUUCUCAAUAAACGCUCACGGGUGUCCAAUUACUGGAGUACCGGUACUAUUUGUGUAUUAACCGACUCCUCGUCAAUGCGUCCGAAUCGUCUAACCCGGCCUAAAAUUUAUUCCGAUUUUUUUUUUUUUUUAGCGAAACUCUGGACUAAUGACAAUGACAGUCCGAAAAUUGCGGGUGGCGGCAACAGUGAACGGGUGUUGUUCCUUCACGGGUUCCAGGACAACUGCGGUUCAUUCGAUCGCCUGAUUCCGCUUCUUGACGGCGGCCAACACUGCACAUAUUUGUCCUUCGACUGGCCGAAUCACGGACGUUCGUCACGCACGCCGUAUGGAGUCCGCUGGUCGCUAGAAGACUAUACGGUGACCAUCCGGCGCGUCGCCGACCACGUACGGUGGUCCGCAUUCGUGUGCGUCGGCCACAGUAUGGGCGGCCAAGUGGCCAAGUUGUUCACAGCCGUCUAUCCGGACCACGUCAAAAAGCUCGUCAUGUUGGACACGGCCGGACCCGUGGAGGUACAUCCCGAAGAGAUCGGCUCUUGUAUUCGACGGGCCUUGGACGAACUGCUGAAACUCGAAAACCGGAAAUUCGCGGGCGAUGCUAAAUACCCACCGCCGGAAUACGCAUAUCCGGAGGCUGUGGCCCGCAUCAAGAACAGGAUGUUCGGUUUGGAGUCCGAGGAUACGUUUAACGAUGACGCCGCAAAAGCGUUGAUGGCCCGCUAUUUUCGACAGAAGGGACAAGGCGGUAAAUAUCUUCUGGCCAACGAUCUGCGGCUUAAAGUAACGUAUAGCGAGUGGUUUUCCGCCAUACAGUUCUGGGACGUGGUGAAAAACAUCAAAUGUCCUACACUCAUCAUUAGGGCAUCCGAAAGCGACGUGUACUACAAUGGUGUGUUCAAGAUAUUCGUCCAUAUAUACGAACAGAAUCCGAAUUUCAAGAUCGUUAGGGUACAAGGCAAUCACGAUGUUCACAUGAAUCAUCCGCAUAGAGUAGCGCCGCUUAUAAACAAAUUUCUAAACAACAAUAGUUUGUGUAAAUUAUAA